GUUGACGAAAACAUUCCGAAGCGAAUUAGCGAAUUCCGAUAACAAGCUCGAUGGAAGAAUGUAAUUUGGUUACAAAUUAAUUAAUAAUUACUCUAAUUUAUUUUAUUUUACCCAUUUCUCGGUUAGAAUAUACUCUACGGUUUAAUAAUUCCUCGUAAUAACCAAACUUUCAACCAUCUGUGUCCAAGUUCGCGAUGUGUAUGAGAUCGGAAUCUCUGUGUUAUUGAUAUUUUUUCAACGAAUUACUUUGGAAUCUAGAAUAAUUAUAUAGUACAAACAAUCAUGGAUAUCGAAGACGCCGAUACUUCCGAUUCCGGACCAGUUCCCAGUUUAUAUUCGUUCACUAGUCCCAGCAUUAAAAAGCUUCUAGGUUGGAAGCAAGGCGACGAAGAAGAAAAAUGGGCAGAGAAAGCUGUCGAAUCUUUAUUCAAGAAGCUGAGAAAACAGAACAAAAAAGCUUAUAAAAACUUGAUAAAAGCGUUGAAUUUCCCCGGACAGCCCAGUGAAUGCGUUACGAUACCUAGAAGUUUGGAUGGAAGAUUACAGGUAUCUCAUAGAAAAGCACUGCCACACGUGAUCUAUUGUCGAGUUUGGAGGUGGCCUGAUUUACAAUCUCAUCAUGAACUCAAAGCCGAAGAUUAUUGCCAAUAUCCAUUCUCAGCCAAAGAGAAGAAUGUUUGCAUCAAUCCAUAUCAUUAUAAAAGGGUUGAAAGCCCGAGUACACUGUUACCACCAGUGCUUGUUCCUAGACAUAGCGAAUUUGCUCCCAAUCAUACCUCAUUGCAAUACCAACAACAACAACAGCAGCAGAUGUCGAUGAAUUAUUUAGCUGGAAGUCCACCUCAAUCAUUCUCGCCUCAUGAUGACAGAAGCAGCGUAUCAUCUUUUGGUGAACUCGGUCGUGGAGCUGACGUCACUGAAGAACCUUCUUUCUGGGCAACUAUCGCAUAUUACGAAUUGAACUGUAAAGUCGGUGAAGUAUUUCCAUGUCAUUGGCAAACGGUCAUCGUCGACGGUUUUACUAAUCCUACCGGCCGGAAAUUGAAUAGGUUUUGCCUUGGUCAGUUAUCUAAUGUGAAUCGUAACUCAACUAUCGAAAAUACUCGUCGUCAUAUUGGAAGAGGAGUACAAUUGCACUUUGUGCAAGGUGAAGUAUUCGUCGAAUGUUUAUCAGAUGCUGCGAUAUUCGUGCAGUCGCGACAUUUCAACUAUCAUCAUAGAUUCCACCCUUCAACCGUUUGCAAAAUACCACCUGGUAAUUCGCUGAAAAUAUUCAACAACAAGGAAUUCGCUGAUUUACUUACGCAGUCUGUUAAUAAUGGAUUCGAAGCAGUUUACGAACUCACAAAAAUGUGCACCAUCAGGUUGUCUUUCGUUAAAGGUUGGGGAGCUGAUUAUCACAGACAAGAUGUCACUUCUACUCCGUGCUGGAUUGAAAUUCAUUUACAUGGUGCUUUGCAGUGGUUGGAUAAGGUUUUAACCCAAAUGGGAUCUCCGAAUAAUCCGAUUUCUUCUGUAUCGUAAUAUUAACGAAUGGAAUAGUUUGAUAGUAUUUUGAUUUUAAUGGUGCCAUGUUAAGUAUGUUGAAAAUGUUUGCUCGUAGGUAUAUUCGUUCGUUUGAAUUUUUUGAUCGAAACUUCAACUCCAUUCUGUUGAAAUACCGAGUGGAUCUAUUGAUACAAACAGAAACGAUUCAUUGAAGUUUUAAGAAAGGUGUUUUAUUGAAAAGUAUGUUCGUUGAGGACCAUUUUACAACACGUGUUGAUUUUCUUCGAGUUCGAUAAACCCGAUAUUUUGACUUUACUUAUGAUAAAUUUAUCUACAAUGAUAAUAUCACUUCAUCUUGAAUAAUUCUCUUGGUCGUAUUCCUAUUAAGCGAUUUCUUUUUAAAUCAGGUAGUUUACAUAUCAAAAAUUAUUACAGUAUCACUACAAAAGUCCUCCAAUUUUUCCUUCUCCGCUCGUGAGUAAUUUACGUACUCAUCAUUAGAACUUAAUUGAAAACAUAAUCGAGUUUUUUGAAAUGAAACUGAGUAUCUUUUAAACAUAUUUUUUAUCUUCCAAUAUUAAGUUAUUUAUUUAUUUAUUUAUUAGGGCUUUAUUUAUAUGUACUUUCAUUUACUACUUCGUAAAUAGGGUAACUAUGCUUUUUUAUGUAUAAUUGGACAUUCGAUAUCUAUUGGAUCUCUUUAAACUUUUACAAAACUGUCGAAUAAUAUUUCGUGAUUUGCUUUAUUUUUCGUUUGUCGUGAAUGAUAAUUAUAUCGACUUGAAUCUUAAUAUUACCGUUUUGUCAUUCGCGAUAGUGAAUUGGUUGUGAAUUGCAUUAAAAAAUAACAAAAAAUGAUGUAAUUUAAAUACAAGAAUUUCUCGUAGUAAAAUACGUAGUUAUAAAAUUUUUAGUUCGAGUUUUCUGCCAAUGAUAGUAUUCGUGAGAAAUGACGAUUUUUUUUUCUAUUUUUUUACUUAGGUAAUAUGAAUAAUGACAUAUGUACUUAAAAAUAAUAUAUCGUACUUUUCGUUUUCAA